AUGUCUGGUCGCAGAGACUUCUUGAACCAGCCGGCGCCCGAGAACUACGUCGCCGGUCUCGGUCGUGGUGCCACCGGCUUCACCACCCGCUCCGAUCUUGGUCCUGCUCGCGAAGGCCCAUCCGAGGAGCAGAUCAAGGAAGCGCUUGCGAAGCGCGCUGCAGCUCUCGGCCAGGCGCCACCCACAGCGUACGGCGCCACCGGCAAGGACGACGAUGACGACGACGAUCGCUACCAGGAUCCCGAGAACGAGGUCGGCUUGUUCGCCAACGGCACCUACGACCGUGACGAUGACGAGGCGGACCGCAUAUACCAGGAGGUCGAUGAGCGCAUGGAUCGGCGGAGAAAAGCACGCAGGUUAGUCUUCCCUUUUACAGCUCCCCUGGCCGUCGUAGGAGGCACGCGUUUAUCAUCUUUGCAUGGACAGGCUACCGACACCUUGAAUCCGUCUAGGGAGGCUCGCGAAAAGGCUGAGCGUGAAGAAUACGAGCGGAACAACCCCAAGAUCCAGCAGCAAUUCGCCGAUCUCAAGCGCGCUCUCGGCAGCGUUUCCGAGGAGGAAUGGGCUAACCUGCCCGAGGUUGGAGAUCUGACGGGCAAGAACAGAAGGCAAAAGCAGAAUCUCAGGCAAAGGUUCUACGCCGUGCCCGACAGCGUAAUUGCUGCCGCACGAGACGCAGGCCAGCUUGACACCAGCAUAGCGGCUGAGGGGGGAGAGAAUGCAGAUGGCACCAUGACCAACUUUGCCGAUAUUGGAGCCGCCCGUGAGAAGGUGCUUCAAGUUCGCUUGGAUCAGGCUACUCAGAAUUCCGGAACCGAAACCACCGCAGGAACCGCGACAAGCAUCGACCCGAAGGGAUACCUGACCAGUCUGUCAAAGUCUGAAUUGAGCGCCGGAGAAGUUCAGGUCGGAGAUAUCAAACGUGUACGGGAGCUCCUAGAGUCUGUCAUCAAGACGAACCCGAAGCACGGCCCAGGCUGGAUUGCUGCCGCACGUCUCGAGGAAGUGGCAGGACGCACGGUUGCUGCGAGAAACGUUAUUGCGCGAGGUUGCGAGCACUGCCCCAAAUCGAUCGAUUGCUGGUUGGAAAAUAUCCGUCUGAACGACAAUCACAACGCCAAAAUCAUCGCUGCCAGCGCCAUCAAGCACAACAAUACCUCGGCUCGCUUGUGGCAGGCCGCGGCAGAUCUGGAGACUGAUUUGCGGGCAAAGAAACGGGUUCUUCGCCAUGCGCUGGACGCCGUCCCGCAGAGUGUGGAUCUCUGGAAGUCUGCCAUUGCCUUGGAAGAGGAUCCGGCAGACGCUCGCCUGAUGCUGGCGAAGGCAACGGAGAUCAUCCCACUGUCUGUGGAGCUUUGGCUCGCCCUCGCUCGCCUGGAGACACCGGAGAACGCGCAGCUCGUCCUCAACAGGGCCCGCAAGGCUGUUCCCACGAGCCAUGAGAUUUGGCGUGCUGCUGCUGCGUUGCAGGAGCAGUUGGGUAAGACCGACAUGGUGUUCAAGGUCAUGGAACGUGGUAUCAAGUCGCUGGCCAAAGAGUCUGCAAUGCUCAAGCGCGAAGAAUGGAUUUCGGAAGCCGAGAAAUGCGAGGAUGAAGGAAUGGUCAUUUCUUGCCAAGCCAUCAUUAGGGAGACGCUAAGCUGGUCUUUGGACGAGGACGACGACCGGAAGGAAAUCUUCAUGGAGGACGCCCGUGGAAGCAUUGGCAGAGGAAAGUACGAGACAGCUAGGGCCAUUUACGCCUAUGCCCUCCGCAUUUUCCCCACCUCCAAGACCCUUUGGACCGCUGCGGUCGCUCUCGAGCGCAACCAUGGAACGAAGGAGGCGCUCUGGAAUCUGCUAGAGAAGGCCGUCGAAGCUUGUCCGAGCGCACAAGAGCUUUGGCUGUUGUUUGCUAGAGAGAGAGAGCAGGCUGGAGAACUGGACCAAGCCAGAGAUGUCAUUCGCCGUGCAUUCAAUCAGAACCCCAACAACGAAGACAUCUGGCUCGCUGCAGUCAAGAUGGAAGCCGAUCAUGGCAACCACGAUAAGGCCCGUGAGCUGCUCAUGGUCGCCCGUCGCGAAGCUGGCACUAAUCGCGUUUGGUACCGGUCUGUGGCGUACGAGCGGCAACUCGGCAACCUGGAAGCAGCCUUGGACCUCGUCACGCAAGGUCUCCAACUCUUCCCGAAGGAACCCAAGCUCUACAUGCAAAAGGGCCAAAUCUACGAAUCACUCAACAAGAUCCCCCAAGCUCGCGAGGCAUACACAACAGGCACCCGCCAAUGCCCGCAGUCGGUACCUCUCUACCUCCUCCUCUCGCGCCUCGAAGAGAAAGCUGGUGUUACUGUCAAGGCGCGUUCCGUCCUCGACCGUGCGCGCCUCGCCGUCAAGAAGAAUCCCGAACUCUGGACCGAGACGGUCCGGCUGGAGCGCCGCGCCGGCAACCUCACGAGGGCGGCGCAGAUCAUGGCUCAGGCGCUGCAAGAGGUGUCCAACUCGGGCCUGCUGUGGGCCGAGAAGAUCUGGCACCUGGAGCCCCGCACGCAGCGCAAGCCGCGCUCGCUCGAGGCCAUCAAGAAGGUCGACAACGACCCGAUCCUGUUCGUCGCCGUGGCGCGCAUCUUUUGGGGCGAGCGCAGGCUGGAGAAGGCGGCGAGCUGGUUCGAAAAGGCCAUUCUUUUGGACAGCGAUCUUGGAGACACUUGGGCGUGGUACUACAAGUUCGUGUGCCAGCACGGCACGGAUGAAAAGAGGGAGGAGGUCAUCAGCAAGUGCGUGCUGAGCGAGCCGAAGCACGGAGAGGUGUGGCAGGCCGUCGCCAAGGAUCCGAAGAACUGGGGGAAGGGUAUUGAGGAGAUUCUGAAGCUUGUUGCGGCGAAGCUUGAGUAG